GUAUGAAAGGUACAAAAGGUAUGAAAGGUACAAAAGGUAUGAAAGGUACAAAAGGUAUGAAAGGUACAAAAGGUAUGAAAGGUACAAAAGGUAUGAAAGGUACAAAAGGUAUGAAAGGUACAAAAGGUAUGAAAGGUACAAAAGGUAUGAAAGGUACAAAAGGUAUGAAAGGUACAAAAGGUGCAAAUAAGCAAGUUAUAGAUGAUAUUGUAAUAAAAAUUAAGUCUGACACAGAUAAAGAUAAUGAAAUUCCAAUAAACAAUAUGUCUACAAACAUUGAACUAGAAGAGUGUAAAGUAGCUUUAUUAGAACGCAAAAUGAAGCUUAGAAAAGAAACAGCAGAAGUUGAGGCGAUUGAAUUGCAAAAUCAACAGUUGAAAAGAAACAUGGGUUUAGUUUAG